CCAUAAAUCCAUACUCAUAAUUCAUCUCCCUCCCUUCUGCAAAACAAAGAAGCCCAUUUUUUGGCUUUUAAUACUUCUCUCACUCUCAUACACAUACACACACAAACUGUGUCUGUCUCUCUCUCUCUCUUUGAUUGUUAAUGAAUAUCCAUUGGGUCCAAACCUGUGGAUAAUAACCCAAAAAAGAGACUCUUUUUAUGAUAUAAAAAACAGUUUUUUUUGUGUGUGUGUGUGUGUUAAGAUCAUGAUUCUUCAUGGGGUCUGAGGGAUUCUGAAUUUUCUGAGCUUUUCUUGGGUGUUGAGUUCUGAGUAAAAAUCUUGCUUUUCUUCCUCAUGCAAGCAAAACAUCUUACUUUUUGCAUUGUCUUUUUACUCUCUUUUUUUUUUCUUUGUAGUUUUUGAGGGUGGUUGUGGGGUUGAUAUAGUACACUACUAGUCCUAGUAUACUCUUUUUUUUGUUUCAUUUUUACCUUGUUCUUUAUUGUUAAAGGAAAAAAGAGGUCCUCUUUUAGGACUGUUUGCUGGCCUUUGAUUAACAUUGUUUGGGGAGAAAGAGGAAAAACCAAUGAUUUGUUUUGAGUUUUUCUCCACAUUUGGUAUUUUCUGAGAGAACUUAAAUAGUUGAAACUUAUAAAGGAUCCAUCUUUUUAAUUUGUAUCAGACAGACAAUCUUGAAAUGCCACUAUUAAUUUUAAUAGGAAAUUCCAACAAAACAUUUGCAUAGAGGAAGCUGCAGUUGUGGAAGUUUGGCACAAGUUCUCAAAGUUGGUUACUUAUCUUCUUUCUCUUCUACUGGUGAUAUAAUGUUGCCGAGUUUCCACAGAAUCUGUUGAUGUAAUCUGCACUUGUUUUCAGCAAAAAGUAUAGAGCUGUGAACUGUUGAUGAUCUAUCAAAAUUAAAUUGUCGUGGAAGAACCUUUAAAGCGUCAGCAGCUAUUCUUAGCACGUUCACUUCAGAUUGUUGUUCCAUAGUAAAAGCUGAAGUAAUGUGCAACUGGAUUUGCCACUAGAAAUGGCGGAACCUCAUACUAUUAUAGACGAAAAUUUUCUUCAUACAGCCAGUAUUCCCAUUAGUUUCCCCGAUAGAGUUGGUCUGAACAAUCAAAACCACGUUAUGGACGGACAAAACCACAUCAUGGAUGGACAUGAAAUUCCUAUUCCUUUUAUGCUGCAAGGAGAAGCCAUAAACAGUUCUCAAGAUUUUCUAAGUCUACCAAAUUUUCCUCGAGCUGUUGACACCGGAGCAAUCCACAGUGUGCUACCAAUGAGAAACAGAAUAAAGGAGUUUUCGCUGAGUACUUCAUAUCCAAUCAAUAACGCUUACACAGAGGAUCAGUAUAUGGAGGGAAUACCGAUUUCUGCUGUGUCUCUUGCAAAUCUUUUGGCUACUAGGAACGCUAUGCCCGAGAAUCAUGAAAAUUUAGCGGCAUUGGCUUCCUUAUCACAUCCUGUAGAAGGUCAUAAAACUGAUGUUCUAGACUAUCCUACCAUGUUAAAUCAUUCGUUUGGAUCCUAUAGAAACUAUGAGUUUGAUGGUGUCCCGGAAAUUGCUGGGACAAUUGUAGGACGAACAGGAUCCCAACCUUUCCAAUUAUCUCAUGAGAAUGUGAAUUCAAACACAUGGUUCUCAUCAGAAACUGCUAGUAUGAAUUCCGACAGUCCCUCUGGAUCCUCCUCCAGAUUUAGCAAUGAGCUUUCUUUAAGUCUUACAUCAACACAAUCUGGUGUUGCAUGUGGGACUACUAUCCGGGACCAAUGCUCGGAUAUAAGCUGCUCCGGUGUCACCAACCAUGCUUUCCCUCAAAGACGGUUUGAUUCAGAGUUAACGUCUUGCAACAGCAGAAAUCUGUCUUUAAACUUUGGCUCAUACAAACCAGUCCACCUUUCGCAAUUCUUAACCGGAUCAAGAUAUCUUCGUGUGAUGCAAGAAAUACUUUCUGAAAUGGCUCAUUUGUCACUUCAAAAUCAUAACUUGGUAGGCUAUAGAGGAAAUGGGGCAGAAUACGGUGCUAACACUUCUUUUACUUUGAGUUCUGAUGAUUUGCCUGAUGAAGACCGUAGAAUCAUUGGUCAAAUGAACUCUGAAGCAAAGAAAAAACAUCUGGUGGCUUUGUUGCAAGUGGUUGAUGAUCAAUACAACCAAUGCUUGGAUGAGAUUCAUAUGGUUAUAUCCGCGUUUCAUGCUGUGACCGAGUUGAAUCCUAGCAUACAUGCUCGUUUCGCCCUUCAAACUAUUUCCUCUUUGUACAAAAACCUGAGGGAGAGAAUAAGCAAUUACAUACUCGCAAUGGGAGAACAUUUUAAUAGAGGAGGAGAAAGGGGAGUAGAGAAAUCAUUUGAAACAUCGUUCAUUCAAAAGCAAUGGGCACUUCAGCAACUAAAAAGGAAAGAUCAUCAGUUAUGGAGACCACAGAGAGGCUUGCCGGAAAGAUCUGUCUCAGUUUUAAGAGCAUGGAUGUUUCAAAACUUUCUUCACCCAUAUCCAAAGGAUGCAGAGAAGCAAUUGCUAGCAGUAAAAAGUGGAUUGACUAGGAGCCAGGUAUCUAAUUGGUUUAUAAAUGCUCGAGUUCGUCUCUGGAAACCAAUGAUAGAGGAAAUGUAUGCUGAGAUGAAUAGAAGGAAAAUUCGUACCGGAAAUCAUGAAGAUGAAACCAACAAUCGAAGAAAUCACAAAAUUGACAAUCGUUUAUUUACUAUGAAGUGACAUUAUUAAUAAAUAUAUAUAUAUAAAUUAAUAUAUACUAGUACUAGUUUAGUAGAAGAUCUUCAUCAUCUAAUAGUAGAGAAGAUAAUUUGCACAAAAAUUGCGCAAUUGUACAUCUGCUGUAUCUAAGACUAGAUUUUGUAUGCUAUGCUAAAUAUGGUUUAUAUUUAUAUUAUUCAUAUCUCUUUUCUGUG